UUCCAGGCGUGCAAGGCCCGUCAAUACAUCAUUAUAUGAUUACAACAUGAUUUCACCGCUUUUCCUCUCAGCCCUCCUUUUCUCUUUAUCAUUUUUUCGGAUUUUUGUAGACGCUGAAGAAUUAAUCAAGUUUGCGGAGAUCGGGACGUGCCUCCCAGACGAGUUUUACAAUGUGAACCUUCUGCAGUGCUCCAAGUGCAGUCACCUCGCGAAUCUCGUACCAACCGAAGAUGGAUUUUCUUGUCAAUGCAACGCGGCUAGUGUGAUUGUGCCGACGGUCGGAGGCGAAUUUCCCAGGUGCCAAAAAUGUCCCGAAGAUCACGAACCGUCCUUUGACCAGCGUGAAUGCGUCCCUUGUGCUAAUUUAGUCACAACCACUGAAGAGCCGAACAGCACAGCCGUGUCUCUUUGUGCCUCCUGUCCGGCCAAUCACAUUUCUGUUAGCACGGAAUGGAGCGGACUUUUGUCUCAAACACCACGAUGCGUUGCUUGCGCUCCGGGUUUCAAGGCUAGAGAAAAUUUAGGAGCUUUUGGUCUGUGCGAACCGUGCAAUCUGAGAUCCUCUCUGGACGUUUCCGCAAACUGCAGCUGCCCUGUCAAGAGUCACGAACUGCUGCGACCGCCCGACGAACCUCCACUUUGCGUUCCAAAAAGCAGUCUUGUCAAUUGGCCUGUUACGGAAAAACUCGCGCAGGUCCAAUUCGACACGGAAACCGUUACUUCUCAACUUAUCAAAGACCGACUCCGGCCAUCUGCAAUUCUUUGCCAAUUAGGUAACCGCACAGCAUGCCAAUUCGUAGCAAAUUUGUGCGCUCUAAAUUUGUACAACGACGACGAUUCUGGCCCUUCUGCGUGCAAAACGUUUCGGGACGCGAAAAGGACUCUAGCAGGCGCUGUGGUUUCGGGAACUGAAGCCAGGCCGUGGCUUUUGUACGGAGACGGUGACGCUCCCAGUGUUUUGGCCAAAAGAAAGUUGUCUCCACUCAAAUUCACUUUGACUCGAAAUUCUAAUUCUAGCGUUCUCCAUCUUCGAGCUGUUAAAUUCAGCAUUGAAGGCAAAUUAAUUGGACUAGAAAGUGGUGGUGCGAGUUUGUUGACACUCUGCCCUUUGGACGAAGAGGAGCAAGGACUGAGAUUUGGCGCCAAAUACCAGAUUUCCUGUUUGGUCUCUGCCAGGAAAUUUUUGUCUCAAACGACCACCUUGCAGGAUUUGUAUUUGGAGGCAACGUUAGCUGACGGCAGUGAAAAACUCUACCCUAUCCCCUUGCUGAUUCGGAAUAUGCGCGGAAAUGAUGCUGUGGAUUCCGCUAAUUGGCAAUUCGUGAGGCGGAUGUUUUUGGUUGACAACGAGCUGGCUCGAACUUCCAAAGAAAACAAAAUUCCAAGAAUUAUUCGCUACCUAAAGUCAUGCAAAGUUAAAGUUACAGCUCAGAGUCAUGAAAACGCAGGGCAAAUUUUACCACCUCUUAUUGAGUUGACAUAUGCGGAAAUUAAUCAGGGCCAAAUUGAGGAAAAUUCCGCACUCAAGGUUUCGUUUGAGGUCACUUGGGAAAUGGAAAAAACUCCAACUUACAGCGUGCAGGUGAGCGCUGCAGUUUUGGGAAGCGCUGGUAUUGUAUGGGCCGGGAUCGCUGCGUGGAGCCAAAGCAGAAGGGAUGGCCGUGCUCAGGGCGCUACAAUUGACCUGCUGACCCUCGUCAGGUUGCUUCUACUCGCAUGCGGGCCAGUGGCAAACGCGUUUCUUCUCGUGUCCGGAGUCUCGGGACUUUUGACCCUUCUCUUGUACAAAGGACAGUCGGUGCCUCACACUUUGCUGCCCACCGAAGAGCACGAAACUUUGCUAAGGGACCUCGUAAUUAGUGCUGCUGCUCUUAAACUUGUGGAAGUUCUCCACUUACUAUGGAUGCAGACCAAAGUGGAUCUCUUUUUCAUGGACUGGGAGCGGCCAAAAAUUGCAUCUUUGCCAACGCCAUCGAACCCAGUCAGUAUUUGGCGCACAUAUUUGGUUGCCAACGAGUGGAACGAAAUUCAGGCUACAAGAAGGACGAGCGUCGCUUUCCAAUUGCUCGCGACAACGUUUUUAUUGCAGAUAAUUGGAAUAGAGCACUGGGCGACGCCAGAUCCCGAUCUGCACACCAGUGUUCAACGGAAUUUUGGAGAAGGCAAAAGUCUCGCUCUGCGAUUUGCUGUUGGAUUACUGGUGUACAUUGUUGUUUACGCAGCUCAGUGGAUUUUUAUAACGGGCUUCUUUGAGCGGUACGUUUCCAACUGCGUCCAACAGUUCAUCGAUCUGUGUUCUGUGGCAAACAUCAGCGUAUUUAUUAUGUCGCACGAAAAUUAUGGAUACUAUUUGCACGGGAGAUCAGCUCACGGUUCAGCAGACACGGACAUGCAAACUUUGGGCGAGCAACUGAAGCGCGAGCAGGAGGAUCUGUGUGCGCACAGAGGUUUGGUGCCUGGUUGUGAGCAACAGACUUUCGAGAUGGCCGUUCCUCCGAAAAUGCGAGCAUUCAGCAGAAGAGUCACGGCUCCCCUUGACACCUCGGCGGGGCAUCGCAGCAGACGUUUGAUGUCCAGCUCGACAAAAAACGGUGUUCACUGGCAAGGGAACGCGGACAGAAUCGCACAGGCCUACGACACCAUGAACAAAUUCUUGGCCGCCUUUUUCCAGCACGCCAUUCGCGAAUUGGACUACGAAAUUAAGGAAAAGGCCUUUUUGGAAAAGCUGCUGGACAUUGAGCUGGCCGACUCGACGGAUAAGGCAAUUUUGUAUGCCGACGACGGAAGUUCAUUUGAUAGGGUAUUGUUUCACGGAGCCGAAUUCACACUCUUCUCGUUUGAUCUCGCUCUCUUUUGCUGCUCGGAAAUGAUAUUUGCUGACUUUCUGCUCGCCGCAAUUACGACUGCCCUUGCAGCUAAGACCCUGAUUGUUCUUCGACAAAUAGGAGGCAGAAAUAAUGUUGCGAGGAAGACUCUGGUGGAUGAAAGAUUCCUUAUUUGAUAAAAAUACAAAUUUCUUGUGGUUUAUAA